AUGCCUCCGAUUAACUUCGGCAGCUACCAGACGAAGAUCUACCGCGACGGUGCGCUGGGCAAUUUGCCCGCCGUCACCACGAACCCAACACUCCUCGAACAGCAUGCCCGGGAAGUCCUCGGUCCUCGUGCGUACAGCUAUGUUGCCACCGGGGCAGGGGAGAAAGCAACAAUGGAUGCCAACCGGCUAGCAUUCCGCCAGUGGAAGAUAGUCCCAAGGGUUAUGAGGCCGAAUGACUUCCAGAUGGACCACCAAAGCAUCUCGGUCAAUCUCUUUGGUCAAGUACACAAAUCCCCUCUCAUCGUUGGACCAGUAGGCGUGCAAGGCCUCUUCCACGAUGACAGAGAAACUGGCAUCGCCGAGGUCUGCGCAGAACUGGAGGUGCCCUAUACCCUAAGCACCGCAAGCAGCAGCUCGAUUGAGGAGGUUGCUGCAGCAAAUAGAUCCGGCCAUCGAUGGUUUCAGCUGUAUUGGGUCCACGACAAGGAUAUCCUGCGCUCGUUGCUCAAACGAGCCGAAGAGAAUGGGUUUACGGUUUUGGUGGUGUCCCUGGACACCUGGACAUUGGGAUGGCGGCCUACCGAUCUUGAUCAGGGGUACUUUCCAUUUUAUCAGGGGAUUGGCAAUGAGGUGGGUUUUACGGAUCCGGUGUUUAGGGCCAAGUAUGAGAGGGGAGGUGGAAAGAUAGAAGAGGAUAUUCUUGGUGCUUCAAAUGCUUGGGUUGCAGAGUUGAACGAAAAGCCGCAUACGUGGGAAGAGGUGGACUUCUUGAGGAAGCAUUGGAAGGGUCCGAUUGUGUUGAAAGGGAUCCAGCAUGUAGACGACGCUAAGAGAGCGCUGGAGACAGGGUGUGAGGGGUUGGUUGUUUCGAAUCACGGAGGUCGACAGGUUGAUGGUGCUAUAGCGUCGUUGGAUGCGCUUCCAGAAAUUGUGGAUGCGGUGGGUGACAAGAUGACGGUCAUGUUUGAUUCCGGGAUAAGAACUGGGGCGGAUAUCAUGAAGGCACUGUGUCUUGGGGCGAAGGCCGUUAUGGUCGCAAGGCCUAUCAUGUAUGGCCUUGCUAUCGAUGGUAAGCGGGGUGCCAAAUCGGUGAUUGAGGGCUUCCUUGCGGAUCUGUGGCAGAGUAUGGGAUUGGCCGGGAUGGAGACGCUUGCUGAUUGCCGCCGCGAUUGUAUGCGAAGAAUCCAGUAUCCUGGGGACUUGAAGAGCAUGUGGUGA